AGGUGUAUCGGAUUCACCAUGUACAUCGCACUGUACAUAACUUCGUGUGAGAGUAGGAAGGGCACUCAGAUUGUCACCAGCGCAUAUCUGGUCAUAACUAACAACAUCGCCUGUUCUCAGCAGUCUGGCCAUGAGCACCCCCACCAUAACGAUCGACGUCGUCCUCGACAGGCGCAGUGCCAAAGAAGUCCUCCGCGCCAUCCUUCAUGCGAUCUUGUUCCAUAGAUUAUUUGGCACGGUGAAACCAAAAACAUAUGAGGUAUUAGACGUCACUGUGCCUGGCGUAGCAGACUCCGAGAUGGAACAGCUUAUCAACGACAAAGUAGAUGUCUUCUGGAAAGCCAUAGAGAACGGUACGAGUACCAAUAAGCGUGGUCAGAUUCUGGUUACAUUUUCCGAAAAACGGCCAAAAAAGUCCUGGUUCCAAGUAUAUAUGGGCGAAGAGGACGUUCCAUGGGAACAAUGGAUUGUCAACGGAGAAAUGAGACAGCCUAAAUCAGAUAAAGAUUUCGAUACAACACUCGCGUCCACACUUUCUAAAACAUUGCACACCAUACUCACCUAUACAUCAUCCGAACGCGGACGUACGGCUGUACCCCUAAUCACCAAUGCGACGGGUAUAUCACCUUUUCCCAUUAAGAUCAGCAUUAAGAUGGAUGGCAUGGAGAUCGGUUGAUGCAUCCCCCCCAGUUCACCUUCCGCCACCCGCCCCGCGUUCCAUUUCAUACCCACUUCCACUUCACUCAAUAACCGGUGAUAUCUCCA